GUGGGAUUCUGAGCUUCACUUCAUCCCAAAUUCAGUCAGCUAAAAAUUCCCAAGCGUGGCUGUUAAAUCUCAUAAGAAUGGAGAACGCUACGCUUUCUGUGAAACAAAAGCCGGCAUUCACACUGAAGAGAUUUCAUAUUUCUGAAGACUAUGGUUUCCUUCUUCCAAAUCCACUGAAAGAACUUCCUCCUUUCUAUAGUCCAUGGAUGGAGAUUGCUCAUCAGUUAGUUUACUUAAUUGAGAGCCAUCAACUUCGUUUCCAGGUCAACAAGAUGCCUCUACUAAGCUGCCAGUACCUCCAAGGCCACCGAGAACUCUAUUUGGCCCACCUGGUCCUCAGUUUCAUCACGAUGGGCUACGUCUGGCAGGAAGGCGAAAAAGAGGUCCCCAAGAUCUUGCCACGAAACCUGGCCAUCCCUUUUGGAGAAGUCUCUGAAAUGCUAAGUCUGCCUCCAAUCCUGGUCCACACGGAUUUUGUUCUGGUGAACUGGAAGAAGAAAAAUCCCCAGGGGUAUUGGAAAGAUAAUCCUGCGUUACCUGAAGGGUUGCUGUACGAAGGCCUUUGCGAACAGCCUCUGGCAUAUUCUGGAGGAAGUGCAGCUCAAAGCUCCACCCUGCAUGCCUUCGAUGAGCUGCUUGGUAUCCAACAUCAGAAAGAGAGUGCGGCAUUUUUGCACAGGAUGAGAAAAUACAUGCCUCCUCACCAUCAAGCCUUCAUUGAAGAAAUCCGGUCUGUCCCUCGACUGAAGGAUCAUGUCUUAUCUUCUGGAAACCAAGACCUUCAGACCCUGUAUAACAUGUGCGUGGCUGCUCUUUCUGAACUAAGGACCUACCAUAUCACCAUGGUCACCAAGUACAUCCUCAUAGCAGCCAAAAAAGCCAAGAACAACGUUUCUCAAACCACAAGCCCUCCAUCGUUCCUAGAAGGGGUAGGGACUGGGGGUUCGCGGAUUCUGAAAUUCUUAAAAAGUGUCCGAGACACAACAAAAGACGCUAUGAUACAACUCUAA